UGUCAUGAGGAGUGACGCGGCCAUAUUUGCCGGUGCUGCUCCGCUGUAAACAAAAAGUGUCUGUGAGACGGACGCUCCGCUGAUUUUAGGGACAAUUUUAUUUCUCUCAUUUAUUAUCUCUUCAGGUAUGUCUUACAAACCCAAUCCCCAUCAACACCUUCCGGGAACUUCUGGGAACCAAGGAAACAUUCCUUCUCCAUCUUCCAUGGCAACAAUACAGUCAUAUAAGCCAAUUCUUAAUGACUUCGGACCACCGUCACUGGGAUUCCCACAGGGUCCAAAUGGAAACCAAGUACCUCAGAGUAAAUAUGCUGAACUCCUCGCCAUCAUUGAAGAACUUGGGAAAGAAAUAAGGCCAACAUAUGCAGGGAGUAAAAGCGCCAUGGAGCGACUUAAAAGAGGUAUCAUUCAUGCCAGAGGGCUUGUCCGGGAGUGUCUGGCAGAGACAGAAAGAAACGCGAGAUCCUAGCGCCUCCUUCCUCAUUCUCUCCAUACGGGCUGAAAGAACUGUGUCUUCUUAUACCGUCACACGGGAAUCAUGCAUGCCUUUCCUUUGAGGGGGAUAAACAAUCAACAAGUGGAGCAUUUAUGUUACGAGUUGCGCUUUUCAUCUGUGGUUUGGAGGGAAUAAGGCACGACGCAGAGAAUAUAUCUUCUGAUUUAUAAAUGCAAGAGAUCUGGAACUGUUGCCAUUUAAGUUGUUUUUAUAUAUUUCAUUUUCUUUGACCACAUAGUAUCUUUAAGAACAAAUCAGCAAAAAUGCAUGAAAAAAGUUCCCACAUUAGAAUCUGCAUGGCUUUUACAGGUUAGACUAGGUAUGUGCUUUUAGAAAUAGGUCUCAGGAUAAUAAGGUAUUUUCUCCUCGGACACACAAUUUUCUUUUAAUCGGGGAGAUACUGAAAAGUAUUAUAGUGAUGCCAUUACUUUCGUCUUUAUUUGUAUUUAUUACCUUGUGUAAUACAAUGUAUUUUCAUGUAAAGACAAAAAAGGUCACUCUUUGGAAUUUUGUAUAACUGUCAAUAAAUAUGACAUUCAUUGUGUA